UGGGCUCUGAAGUCUGAUUCGUCUUUCGUCGUGGUCGGUGGUUUUUGCACGAUUGCGUAGUGCGGGUUAUUUUUUAUUUCAGUUUUACCAAAUUAGUCAAAAUUAACGUUCUUUCAGUAAUUUCUUCUACGUUUUUAUUUUUUAUUUUUAUCGGAGGAAGCGAUUUUUAAUCAUUGCACUCUCACAAAAAUGACGUAUAAAUCGAAGGACAAGAGGUCAUACGCGAAGUUUACAAACUAUGAAGGGCACGAUGAAUUUCUUAAUCGAAUAUCGAAAACUUUGUAUUACACAAAAUUACCAGUGACUGAUGGUCUCAGUUUACCUGUAACAGAAUUGGCAGCUGAAAUCUUCACUGAAGUAAAAAAUGGACAAACUUUAGAACGCCUAGAUGUUGAAGAAGCAAGUCAAAUCUCUCGAAAUGCUUGUGUUUCUCCUUGCUCUCUUGUUUUAGCAUUACUUUACCUUGAAAGAUUAAAAGACUGUAAUCCAGAAUAUUUAAAAAGAGUUGCACCAUCUGAGUUGUUCUUGGUCUCCUUGAUGGUUGCUAGUAAAUUUUUAAAUGAUGAUGGAGAGGACGAUCAAGUUUUUAAUACAGAAUGGGCAUAUUCAGGUGAUUUAAGUACUACAAAAAUAAAUAAACUAGAGAAGGAAUUUCUCGAAGCCAUUAAUUGGUGUGUAUUUGUACAUAGUCAAGACUUUUGGGAACGAUUGCAAAGGCUGGAAAGAGAUAUUGCCUAUAAAGAAGCUCAGAAGAGAGGUUGGUUCUCUUACACAGAACUCAACUCUUUGCUUGAUUCCAUCCACUUAACAAGUGUAGUAAAUCCAGUACUCAGCAUAUCUUCCAUUUGUAUGGCAACUUAUGCUGCAGGAUUGGUUGCUCUCCUUGGCUCAACUGUUUUUGCAACACAUUUACCAAUAGUUCUUAGAAAGCAAACGCAAUCAACUUGCAUGUCAAGUCUCGUUGACAGACCUUGUUCAAACGACGAUUCUUGUACUGAACUUGAUCAACAAAUUGAAAAUAUCUUGUUAGAUUCAAUUUCCAAUGAUGCUGAAGUUUGUAAUGAAUCUCAUGUUGAAAUCUACAUAUAUAUGAAAAGCAAUUAUACAAAUACAGGAAAUGAGUGGGAUUGGAUUAUUGAUUCAGUUAUGUUUUGGCUUCCAAACAGUUUAAAUUUGAAAGCAGAAUCUGGAAUCAAUGAUUGGAAAAAUGACUUCAAUCAAAACAGUGUUCAUGUUACUAAAACAGACUUUAUAAUUGAAUCAAAUCCGUUUCUACAGUAUUCUGACAAUGAAGUUAAAAACAUCGUGAAGACAAAAUCGCUAGAUUCAAAUUUCAAAAUUGCUUCACAUGACUGGACACAUAAUUUCGGAUAUCUAUCUAAAUUACCUCAUGUAAUCUGAAGUACCUCCUAAGUCAUGGACAAUGAUAUAGAUCGUAAUUCUGAUUGUCUUGCUUGAUUCAACACACACACACACACACACAUAUAUAUAUAUGUAUAUAUAUAUCUCUUCAAAUUUAAUUUGUAAUUUAUAAUUUUAUUCAACUUACUUUAUGCUUUAAAUUAAAUUUUAUCUUUUAUAUUUGAAUUUAUAAACAAAUUUUAUAUUCUUUAAUAAUUUUUCAAUUAAUUUAUACAAGAGUUAGAUUUUUUUAAAAACAAUCUAACGUUGACGCUAUACUAUCAAUUCCUUGACAGUUGCAAAGAAUCCGAUUAACGAAUUAACUAUUAACAUGUACAACUUAUUAAACUAAACACCGUCACUAUAGAAAGAUAUAUUUUUUGUACUUCUAUUCUGUAUUCGUUUGAACAAAACGUUUUUCAAUAAAAAUUAUAAAGAGUAAGUACGUAGUUAAGUCUAUUUUGCCAAGCAUUAGUAUACAAAUACAUGUAAAUAAAAUGUCGAUUGAUGCAUAUACUUCACAAUCUAAAAUAGUUUUUUAAACUAUUCUAUGCAUUGCUUCAAAGUUUCUCUAUGUACACAUUUUAAAAAUAAGUAGGAAUAGAUUUGCAGUCAUAGCAAAGCGUUAGCCUUGUUUUGUCCAGCAAUGGCUAAUGCAUAUUUCAAUUUUCUAAAAUUUCAUUAUAGAAUUUGUACAA